CAAGUCAUGGCCAUCGAGACUUUGGAUCAAAUUCCAGCUCAGGUCCGGAGUGGACUUUCCGAUGGGUUGUGUCUCGGACCUUUGGCUGUCAAUCAAAGCGGCAUUGGUGUGUGGUCCACCGGGCUCAUCCCCAAAGGACGACGCUUUGGUCCAUUUGUUGGAUGGAAGAAGAAAAGGUGCCAUGUGACCAGUAAUGUUUACAUGUGGGAGGGUGAGGCGGGAUGUGUGUGGACGCCACUGACCCAGUGAAGGGCAACUGGUUGUGUUAUGUGAACUGGGCUCGCUCCAGUCAGCAGCAAAACCUUUUCCCACUGGAGAUCAACACAGC